AUGGAUCCAGAAGUCCCUGGGAACCAGGCUGCUGUCGUUAUGUCCUUUGUAAAUCAAGCAGCUCCUGACAUUAAGAAAAAACUCCAAAGGCUAGAGGAUUUAGAAGGUAAACAGAUCCAGGAUCUGCUCCAUAUAGCACAACGGGUCUACAACAACAGGGACGCUCCAGAAGAGAGACAGAUCAAGGCCACAGAGAAAAUGACUAAAGUCCUGGCCGCUAUAGUCCAGAAAGAACAGCCACCCCCAGAAGGCACUCAAACAACACGCCCUCCCAGGCGGCACUUAGAUAAAGAUCAAUGCGGAGGACGGGGUUCGGAUCCCCUCCCCGAACCUAGGGUAACAUUGCAAGUGGAGGGGACCCCGGUCCAGUUCCUAGUUGAUACCGGGGCACAGCACUCAGUUCUGGUCAAGCCCCAUGGAAAAGUAUCUGAAAAAUCAUCCUGGGUACAAGGGGCCACCGGAAUAAAGAAGUACCCCUGGACAACUCAGAGGACUGUGGACUUAGGAACUGGGAAGGUAACUCACUCCUUCCUGGUCAUUCCCGACAGCCCCUGCCCCCUGUUGGGGAGAGAUUUGCUUACCAAAAUGGGGGCCCAAAUUCAUUUCCAACCGGGGGGACCCACAGUGACUGACUUCCACAACCAACCCGUAUCUCUACUCACUGUGAAACUAGAAGAUGAAUAUAGGCUCCAUCAGGAACCCACUCCUCUGGAUCAGGGCAUCGAGCCCUGGCUUCAAUGCUUCCCAGACGCGUGGGCAGAAACGGGUGGUAUGGGGCUAGCAAAACAUCACCCAGCCCUAUUUAUAGAGGUCAAGCCCAGGACGGACCCCGUCCGCGUGCGCCAAUACCCCAUGCCCACAGAAGCCAAAAAUAGCAUCACACCGCAUAUCCGCCGCCUCCUUGACUUCAGGGUCCUAUGGACCUGCCACUCAGCAUGGAAUAUCCCCCUGCUGCCCGUGCACAAACCCAACAGUGGGGAAUACAGACCAGUGCAGGACCUGAGAGAAGUCAAUAAGCGGGUGAUAGACAUACAUCCAACCGUUCCUAACCCCUAUACUCUCUUGAGCGCCCUCAGCCCAGAAAACCAAUAGUAUACUGUUCUGGAUCUAAAAGAUGCUUUUUUCAGCCUACCACUAGCGCCUAAAAGUCAAGAGCUAUUUGCAUUCGAGUGGACAGAUCCAGACAGGGACAUAAAUGGCCAGCUCACUUGGACCAGAGUGCCACAAGGAUUCAAAAACUCUCCGACCCUGUUCGAUGAGGUUCUACACGAAGAUUUAAGUGAGUACAGACAACAACACCCUAAUAUAACUCUCCUACAGUACGUUGAUGAUCUCUUAAUAGCUGCCGAGACGCCUGAAGCCUGCAUCCAGGGAACCGAAGGUCUCCUGCGAACUCUGGGAACCUUAGGCUACCACGCCUCAGCAAAGAAGGCUCAGAUCUGCAAUUCAGAGGUAACUUACCUGGGUUACUUACUGAGAGGGGGGCAGCGCUGGCUAACGGAUGCCCAGAAGGAGACUGUCCUUCGUAUUCCCAGACCGCAGACACCACGACAGGUGAGGGAAUUCCUAGGGUCGGCUGGGUUCUGCAGACUAUGGAUACCAGGGUUUGCUGAAUUAGCAAAACCUUUAUACCAGGCAACAAAAGAUCAACAGCCCUUUAGUUGGACGGAAGAAGCCGAACAGGCCUUCCAACAAAUCAAAACUGCUCUGCUAUCAGCACCUGCCCUGGGACUCCCCGAUGUCUCCAAACCCUUCCACCUAUAUGUAGAUGAAAACCGAGGCAUAGCUAAGGCGGUGCUAACUCAGCAUUUGGGCCCUUGGUGCAGGCCAGUAGCCUAUCUGUCUAAAAAGCUAGAUCCAGUGGCCGCUGGAUGGCCACCCUGUCUCCGGAUGAUUGCAGCCACUGCCCUAAUGGUAAAGGACGCUGAUAAGCUGACCAUGGGCCAAGAGCUACAAGUCACCACCCCGCAUGGCAUCGAGGGCAUCCUCAAGCAGCCGCCUGACCGAUGGCUGAGCAAUGCCCAACUCACUCAUUACCAGGGACUGCUGUUGAACCCCCUCAGGGUCAUCUUCACCCCCCCAAUGGCCCUGAACCCAGCAUCACUGCUGCCAGACCCAGACAUGGGAACCCCACUUCAUGACUGCACCGACAUAGUGGCUCAAGUUUAUGGGGUCCAGGAGGACUUGCAGGACCAACCAUUAUCGGAUGCGGACGCCAUCUGGUUCACCGAUGGAAGCAGCUUCGUUCACCAGGGACAAAGGUAUGCGGGGGCGGCCGUAACUUCAGAAACCGAGGUGGUUUGGGCAGAAGCCCUACCCCCCGGAACCUCAGCCCAGAAGGCUGAACUAAUAGCCUUAACCCAGGCCCUAAAAUUAGGAAGAGACCGCAAGCUAACCGCAUACACUGAUAGCCAAUAUGCCUUCGCCACCGCUCAUGUACAUGGGGCGAUAUACAGAGAACGGGGGCUCCUCACAGCUGAAAAGAAAGACAUCAAAAAUAAAGAAGAGAUUCUAGCCCUGCUAGCAGCCUUAUGGGAACCCAAAAAGCUAGCGAUUGUGCAUUGCCCAGGACACCAGAAGACAACCGACCCAGUUUCCCGGGGCAACAAUUUGGCCGAUCAGACUGCAAAAAACAUAGCCCAGCCCCCAGUGCAAUUACUGACCCUACAGCUGCCAGACCCUGGACCCCGGGAAUUGCCCCCCAGCCCUGAGUAUUCAGAAAGCGACAUUCAAUGGAUGAGUAAACUUCUUAUGACCCAAAUCAAAGAUGGCUGGUGGAGAGACUCCAAAAGCAGCAUUAUACUCCCAGAUAAACUAGGAUGGCAAGUUCUAGAGCGGAUCCAUCACAGCACCCACUUAGGUUCCCGGCGAAUGUUGGACUUACUGAGACAGACUGGACUAAAAAUCAGAAAUGUCUCUGAUAAGGUCGAUCAAGUAGUCACUAAAUGUACAGUGUGCUAACUCAACAACGUGAGUAGCAAUCCUCAGACAACAGGGGUAAGACAAAGAGGGAGCACCUAUAGACCGGGGACCUAUUGGGAAGUAGAUUUCACUGAGGUAAAACCAGGAAAAUAAGGAUAUAAGUAUUUGCUAGUUUUUGUAGAUACCUUUUCAGGAUGGACUGAAGCCUUUCCAACCAAGAAUGAAACGGUGCAGAUUGUAGCCAAAAAGAUCCUAGAAGAAAUCCUGCCCAGGUAUGGUUUUCCAGUAAUGAUAGGGUCAGACAAUGGACCUGCAUUCGUCUCUAAGGUAAGUCAGGGACUGGCUUCCAUACUUGGGGCUGAUUGGAAAUUACAUUGUGCAUACCGACCCCAAAGCUCAGGACAGGUAGAGAGAAUGAACAGAACAUUAAAAGAGACCCUAACCACAUUGACCAUGGAGACUGGCGCUAAUUGGGUGGUCCUUCUCCCCUACGCUCUGUUCAGGGUGCGUAAUUCCCCAUACAAACUGGGACUCACACCCUAUGAAAUAAUACAUGGUAGACCACCCCCCAUCAUCCCUAACCUAAAAGAUAACCUUGUCAAAGCUGAGGACGGUAAUAGUCUUGAAUUCUUGUUCUCCCUACAAGCCUUGCAGAGGGUCCAUGAAGAUGUAUGGCCCAAAUUAAAGGAACUGUAUGAGACUGGACCCCCGCCUAUUCCACAUCAAUUCCGUCCAGGGGAUUGGGUCCUCAUCAAACGUCAUUGGCAGGGAACUCUGGAGCCCAGGUGGAAAGGACCCUUCCAGGUCAUCCUGACAACGCCUACUGCCAUCAAAGUGGACAGAAUCGCCACCUGGAUCCAUUUCGCCCACGCCAAACCAGUGGACCCGUUCUCAGACCUCAUCGGACCUUCAAAGACAACCUGGACUGUUGAUCGGACUAAGGACAAUCCUUUAAAAUUGACCCUACGCCGCCAACGGACUGAGCCGUAACUAUGGUACUUGCCCUCCUCUUGAUGUUCUGCAAAUUCUGUCUGUAAAUCCAAACCCCCACAACCCCUAUAAUUUGACAUGGGAAAUUACUAACUUAGAGACUCAUGAAAUCUACAACAAAAUCCUAGGAACUGCCCCAUUAAAUACCUGGUGGCCAGAUUUAUAUUUUAAUUUAGAAAAAAUUAGUCCAUUAGAAGAAAUGGAAGGAGGUAAAUGGAGGCAACUGCAAAGGAGGGUAUCAAUAAGUAGAAAUGGAUUUUAUGCACGUCCGGGAUUUAGGACGGGGGCGAUGAGGCACACAUGUGGAGGGUUUGAAACCCUCUAUUGCGCAGCCUGGAGUUGUGUCACCUCCAAUUAUGGGGAAUGGAAGUAGGAAGUAAAUCCCAAUUUAUUGAAAUGUCCUAUGUCCGACCAUGUAUCCGCACCAGGUAUGAUGAAAACUGUAACCUUAUUCGUGUAAGAUUUACAGAGGAAGGAAAAAAGGACAGGCGAUGGGUCUCAGGACUCACUUGGGGACUCUACUUAUAUCAAUAUCCCCUCUUUGGGACUGCCAUUCAAAUAAAAUUAAAAGUCUCCCCUCUUGUACAACCAGUGGGGCCAAAUCAGGUAUUGAAAAAAAAAAAAAAAAACAGAUAAGCUUAUCCCCAGGCAGAUCUCCACUACUCCCUCCAGCAGGACCCCCAUCCUUACCCCAGGAGUAAAAGCACAAGCUGUCCAAGAAAAUCAGAACCCAGAAGGCAUAGACUCCCUAUGGAAAUUGCUAACAGCAGUGUAUGAGGCCUUAAACCGAUCGGACCCUGAGGCAACAAGGGCCUGCUGGCUAUGUUAUGAUAUAAAACCCCCCUUCUACGAAGCCAUAGGUCUAGCUGCCCCUUUCUCACAAUCAGGAGAAGAGUCGCCAGCAGCUUGCAAGUGGAAUCGAAAGGGCCCCGGCCUCACAUUGCAAGCGGUCACGGCAAUGGGACUUGUAUAGGAAAGGUCCCCUCUAGCCAUAUCCAGCUCUGUGCCCUGAAUAAUUACUCUAUAGAUGAAUCUAAAUGGAUAAUUCCAGCUCCUGACAGUUGGUGGAUUUGUUCUAAGACAGGGCUCACCCCAUGUGUUAGCAGAAAUGUUUUUAAUUCGUCAGCCAAAUAUUGUAUCAUGGUAUUAGUAUUUCCAAAGGUUAUUUACCACCGAGAAAAUGUUGUAUAUGAUCUGUGGAUAGAAGGGACGAAAGCAAGAGAGUCAAUAAGAGCAAAACAGGAACCCUUUAUGGCCAUAACCUUGGCCACCUUAUUUGGCCUCGGUACCAUAGGGGCAGGAACAGGGAUCUCAUCACUAGCCAUCCAGCACCGGGGGUUCAAUAGCCUAAGGGAAGCCAUUGAUGAGAAUAUAGCCAUACUUGACUCAAUCUCGCACCUCAAAAAAUCUCUGACCUCCCUUUCUGAAGUGGUCCUACAGAACCGAAGGGGGCUAGAUCUAGUCUUCCUCCAACAGGGAGGUUUAUGUGCCUUAAGAGAAGAAUGUUGUUUUUAUGCUAACCACACCGGAGUAGUCCAAGAGUCCAUGGCUAAAGUUAGAGAAGGCCUGGCCAAACGGAAGCGUGAACGAGAAUAACAACAAGGCUGGUUUGAGUCUUGGUUCAAUCAGUCCCCAUGGCUAGCCACCCUGCUUUCUGCUCUAGCUGGGCCCCUUAUACUCCUCCUUCUCCUCCUCACCUUCAGGCCUUAUAUUAUUAAUAAACUAGUUGCCUUUAUCAAAGACUGAGUUAACACGAUCCAACUGAUGGUCCUUAGGACCCAAUACCAACCUAUCAUUACCGAAACAUUUGAGUCAGACACACAAGAUCCAAGAUUGGCUCUUAAGGCACCAAAGAGAGGGGGGAAUGAAAGGCUAAGAGAAAAAUUACCAGGUGUACUCACAACUGCAAAGAAAAGACCUCCCACCCCUCCACCCCCGCCGUUCCAGGAACCAGCCAGGGCGUGCCCGGUUGUGGUCUGACCUAAAGGUGGGAACCAAUCAAGUUCUGCUGAAUGUUCAAAUUUAAAUGUCAACCAAUAACAGCUCUGUAGCCGCGAAAAAUCCCUAACUUGUUUGUGCUUGUCUAUAAAAGAAGCUGUAAGAUCCUCGCUCGGGACCUCUUAGCGUCACUGGUAACGAGUGCGCGGAGGUCCGGGUUCGAACCUGCAAUAAACGACCCUUGCCGCUUGGCUUUGA